AUGGCUGCUAAGAAGAUGUGGAACAUGUUCCUCCUCGGUUUGAUAUCGACCAAUGAAAAGAAGAGGAAGUUUCUGGAUCGGAUGCUCUUCCUCCCUGGAAGGCUUACGAGGAUUCUCACAGCUAUCAAGUCGUUUGAUCAGUCGAAAAUAUUCUUAAGAAGGGUUUUGAAGAAAGACGCACCGAACUAUUACGAGGUAAUAAAGAAACCGAUGGACUUAAGCAUUGUUCAGAAGAAAAUAGGGAAGUAUAGGUCCUUUGAGGAGUUCAAGGCCGAUCUUAACUUGAUUUGGGAUAACUGCCUCAAGUUUAAUCAGGAGAAGUACUAUCGGGAUUGUGCUUUCAAGAUGAGGGAGGUGGUGAGUACUUUCGAGAUAGAAGUGGUUCCUGUGAAAAUGGAUUCGGAGUUUGCAAUGGGCUCGAAUGUCUGGGAGGGCGAGGAAAACCAAGGGCCUGCUAUCAAGUGGAUGAUUAGAAGAAUGAUUGGAAGAGUCCUUCUUCUUUCUGGAUAUGGGUUUGUUUCUAAAACAGCACUCUGGGUGUUUUGCGAUGUCUUUCAGCACAAAAUUCUGGAGAUAGUAAAAGAAGAGUGCAAAGAGAAUGGUAAGUAG